UCUGCCUCCAAGGGUCUAUUUGCUGCACGGAGGGAUACACGCACGCGCCACGAAAACAUGAGGAACGUCGGGUGGAACCUUCUGGUUUUGUCGUUCGCCUUUCUCGCUUCUGCUCAAGUACCAAAUGGAUGCUCGGCGCCACCGAAGUACCCGAACAGCCGACUGUUGAGUAAAUACACGCGCGUGCAGAAGUUCUCCAGCGGGCAGAAGGUGUAUCAUGACUGCGCGGAGGGCUUCACUCCGGCCAGAGGGAGCCGAGUGGUGCAGUGUGUCGGGGGGAAAUGGACCCACCUGACGCUGAAGUGCGAGAAGAGAUCAUGUGGCUAUGUUGGGGAUCUACCGAAUGGGGCGUUCCAGUAUAAAGAGAAUACAUUCCUCGGGGAGAAGAUUUACGCCGCAUGCAAUGAGGGAUACACUCUGAAAGGACUCAACUACAUGAUCUGCAAGAAGUCUGGCUGGGUCGGUGAACUCCCGUCUUGUGUAGAGGAAAAGGCCACCUGCUCCAGUCCUGCCGUGGCCAACUCCGUGAACAGUACCGGAAACGUUACUGUCCACCGAGUGGGAGACCACGUGACCUUCACCUGCAGUCGGGGUUUCCAGCUGGCUGGAGCUCGGCACAUCGCUUGUGGACCCGGUGGCCUGUGGCAACCUCAGCCCCCUCGAUGCCAUCCUUCCCCCGAGAAAGAGACAUUGAGAUGCGGCGUGCCCGUCACCGCCCGGGACUCCAUCGCCAACCUCAUGGACAAGUACGCCGCGAUGACCUCUUUCACCUCUGGGGACAAAGUCUAUUACACGUGUGCCAUCGGAUACGUUCCCUCUGGCGGCAGCAGGUAUCGCAGGUGUGUCGAGGGCAAGUGGACCCCGCUGCUGCUGAAAUGCGAACGAAAGCUGUGUGGCUCAGCAGGAGAGAUCAUAAAUGGUCUGUUCACCUACACUGGAGUGGAGUUUGGAGACACUGCGACGGCCGUCUGUGAUGAGGGGCAUCGUCUUGUCGGACGGGCGACCAGAAACUGCUUGAAUAAAGGCUGGGACGGCCGUGUGCCUGCCUGUGAAGCUGUGGUCUGUGCGGAGCCUCCAGCAGCGACGAACGCAGAGAUGACAGAACUUCAGGAGCCGCCGUACACGUACAGGACUGUGAUCCGCUAUCGUUGUCCCGCGGGAACCCUGAUUGGACAAAGGAACAUUUGGUGCACAGAGUCCGGGACCUGGAGUGAUCCUGCUCCUAAAUGCAAAGACAUAACAUGUCCAGCUCCAAAGGUGGCCAACGCCUACUGGACGGGAGGUCAAGCCAUGUAUAAAGACCAGGACACCAUAUCAAUAGAGUGCUAUGCGGGCUUCACAAUGACCGGCCCGAGCACGGUUAGCUGUGGCGGGGAUGGCCAAUGGUCACCUGGCCUCCCUAAAUGUACACCGCGUCGUACCUACUGGAGGACCUAAGGAGUCGGCUGAAACGACAGUUUUCAAUCCAACCAGGUGGAACCGUUCACCGGCAGUCAUCGGAGGACGGAAAUGGUGUCUUUAUGCUUCUAAAAGUAGUCCAUAAUGCACGGAUAUAUAUUUUCUUACUUGCUCAUAAGACUUGUAUACACUCACUAUACAGACAUUAAAAUAUGUUUGAAAUGAA